GGCAUAGUGGGAAAAGGGGCCUUCCUGAUUGAAAGUCCUGGAAAAUCUCCCGGAAUAUGUCCAAAAACAUGACUCGAAGCCGGUUUUGCUGUGAAACUCCACUUUUCGGCGGGAAUGACGAGUUUUAGAAGACAGAGAUGAGCUCUCAAGACUUCACCAAUCUAGAAUCUGUCGUCAACGUCAUAGGACUGUCCAGCAAGCCGCUAUGGGCGUUUGCAGAGAUGUGGUACCAGGUGUUCCUGUGGGCGCUCUUCUCCUCCAUGUUUGUUCACCUCAUCGCGGCGUUCAUCGCCUUCGCAGCCCUGCGCUUACACAAGCAGGGGCGCUGGGUCCCGCUCGGUAUCGUGAUCAUGGGCCUGCUGUCUCCGCUGUCAGGGGGAGUCAUCACAAGUGCAGCCAUCGCAGGUGUGUACCGGGCGGCAGGCUUCACCAUGGCCCCCAUGUACGCCCUCGUGUGGGGUGUCGGACAGACAGUGUUCGUAAUGGUCAUAUCGUUCUCCAGAAUACUCGCCACGCUAUGAUCGGGGCUUUGUAUCAAGGUAUUUGAUUUGCAAAAAUGGAUCCUACUGGAUCGAAGUCCAAUGGGGAGUCCAGAUUGUGCCAUGAGCAGUUAUUGAAAGGCAUGUGAAUGUCUGGGUAUGCUGAACACAGUUGAAAUGUAUCAUUGUGUGUUCAAGGAAGAAUUAGAAAGCUUCUCCGUCGCGGAGUUUUGCUUCGGAUCGCGCUCCAAAUCACUCCUGCACAUGGAAGGAGCAAAGGUUCUCUUUGGGAGCAAGGAGGGAGUCAGCUCAAGAAAGGAUGUGGUCCUUCUCUGUCAUGUUUGCCAUCUUGUUGCAAGAAGAUGGAUUCUCUGAUGCAGAGACAGAAACACACCAUUGAGAGUGAUACAGAAGCAAAGUCAUGGGGAACAGCGCCACCUGUCAGAUUAAGUGUGAACUGCACAAUUCUACUGCAAGAUUCUGCUAGAGUUUGGAGAGUUUGUGGAAAUUGGAGUGCACCAGUUGCUUGCAAGAAGAUGAAUUCAGAGACAGAAACACACCACUGAGGGUGACACAGAAGCAAAUCAAAUGGAACAGCGCCACCUGUCAGAUUAAGUGUAAACUGCAUGAUCCUACUGCAAGAUUCUGUUAGUGUGUGGAAAAAUGGCACCAAGUGCCUGUACACAAGAAAAAAACAUUUUGCAGUGCAAGAUGCAAGGAAAGUACACAAUUUGUGGUUCCUCCAAGAAGGAACUAUGGCCAAAAUGUUGACAAAUGUCAAGAAAGAUACAAGACAAGGCUGCUAUACAAAGUGGCUUGCCUGUUUACAACAUAACUGUGAAUCUACUGCCAGAUGGCAAAAUCUGAGGCUAUGUACAUUGACUCUGCGGAGUACUUGACUCUGCGGAUCUUACAUCUGAUGUCUGUAAGAACAUGGUGCAAAAUGGCCGGAAUGACACAAUGCAAGCCUUGGGACUCGGCAUGAGAUCUCUAGACUUCCACAGUGCAAACAUGAAACACUGGUAUUUUCAACAUGCAAAAUUGUACUGUUAGAAUUAUUUUUUUGUGCAAGUGGUGAAAAUAGCAAAAAAAAUUUCAAGUUGGCACUUACACUGUUUCCUGUUCUGAAGAGGGCUUUGAAAGACUUGAAACUACUGGAAACAAGUUUCCUUUGCCUUUAUUCCAUGCAACAGAAUCAGAUUCAAACAGUAUUACUGAAAUCCCUUUUCAGUCAAUCCCAUAGACACACACCCCCCCACGUCAAAACUUGGAGAUGCAAAAUAAUGAGAUAGAAGUGCAAAUCAGG